AUGCCUCUAAAAGUUAUCGUGGUCGGGGGUGGAAUCGGAGGGCUCGCAGUGGCCGGGUUUCUGAGGGCUCAGCACGAUGUCACAGUUCUCGAGCGCGGCCACUACGAUUCGCAACCGGCAGACUAUGGACUGUCGGUUGUCGCGAACGCUUUCGGUCUGCUACAAAAGGCCGGUGUCAAACUUGAUAAUCUGGACACGGUCGUGAUGACUCACAUCUGGGCUAGGAACUACAGGAAUGAGGAGAUCCGAACUAUUAACUUCGACACCCGGUCGAGAUUCGGUGGCGCGCCGUCCGUGCUGGCGAAGAGAGCGAAAAUACAGGAUGAGCUCGUCCGAUUGGCAACAAGUUCGGAGUUUCCUGGAAAACCCGCCGUUAUUCAACGGUCUGCCAAAGUGAAUCAAGUGGAUAUUGAUAGCGGCAAGGUGCUCCUAGAGGAUGGCUCGACGCUGCAUGGCGAUCUCAUAAUUGGGGCCGAUGGGAUAAACUCUACAGUUCGGCCCGCCAUACUGCGAAAGGAUGGUACCUCCACAGAACCGCGAACUCAUAAUCUCAUGCUCUUCAUGACGAAGGUGUCGCUGGAAUCUGUUCGGAAUGAUCCGGAGCUGCAGUUUCUUACCGAGCCGGCGAAGCAAGCAGGUCUUACCACGUGUUACCCACCCGAGGGUCCGCAGGCGAAACACCGUAUGCUCAUGUAUCACGUAUCUCCUCGAGAGCUGCAAGUUCUAGGGUAUACAACGGAGAGGGAGUAUGCUGAAAAGUUUGAUGCGGCCAAGACCAGCAUUAUCAAAGACGUCCCCGUCUCGAGAGUUAUCGAUGAAUUUGCACCAAACUUCCCUAAAAGCUUCGUCAAUCUUUUCACUCAUAGCAGCAUCGAUGCAUGGAGAGUACGAGAUGUACCGCCAAUCGACAGUUGGUCUUCCGGCAAAGCCGUGCUCAUAGGAGACGCAGCGCAUGCUGUGACUCCUCAUGCGGGACAGGGCUGCAAUGUGACAAUAGAGGACGCCGAAGCACUCGGAUAUGUGCUCAGAGACGUCGAAUCUCCAGCUCAACUGCCACGGGCGCUCGAGAUCUUUGUCAAGCUUCGGAAGGAACGUGCCGAGUAUGUCGCUCGCCGCUCGCGGGAGCUGGGCAAUAUACAAUCAGAGGAGGAUAAGGUCCAAGGCCCGAUUGGCCAAGAAGACUUUGCGAGAGUCAUCUAUGGCUAUCAAGGUGCGGAAAUUGCACUCAAGGGAGUGUCUGAGGAAGUGGAGCUGCCGAAUUGA